CGCCGGAAGAGCCGCCGUAGAUAUAAAACAAAUGCGCGGGCAGAAGUAAACAAGAAGCCGGGUGGUUGAGGGGUGGUGGGACUGCUUCUGUGGAUCCGCGUUUUGAAACUGGGGGGAAGGGGCGAACACGUGUGAAGGCCUACACGGAAGUGUCGUGUAUUGAAGCGGCGCUGGUGGUGGGGAUCCCAGGAGAUGGCAAGCGCGGCCUGGGUGCAGGAGGAAGACGACCAGGAGGAGGAGGUGGAGGAAGGUUUUCAGGAACGGGCCGAGGCCUGUGAACCCAGCGUCGCCUUGCGGCUGGUGGCGGCGGCCUCGUGGCACGUCGUCCGGGAGCGCCAGGUCCACAGUUUCCCUCGCGUCUUGGCGCUGCUGGAGGCCGUGGGGGAGGCCGCCCCUGAUCUGGUGCACUUCCGGCAUUUUGUGAAGGUGCGCCUGGGCCUGCAGGCCAAGGUGAUCAUGGCCAUGUUGCAGGAGGAGCAGCCGCACGAGAAGGUCUACGAGGCCAUGGAUCGGUACUUCCCGGAGAGGGAGCCUGAGCCCCACCCGGAGGCUACCGCUCGGGACUUGGCGCUGGUGCGGGAGGCCCAGGAGAACUUCCGGGACCUGGUGUUCGGCUUAUUGAGGGACCCCAGGGAGCGGGAGAAGUACGUGCAGGAGCACCUAGAAAACGACUACGGGGAAGCCUUCCUGCGUGUGGUGGAAGAUCUCUUCUGUGAUUACUUGGCCCAGUUGGAGAGCGUCCUCCCUGAGCCCAACUUCCAGCAGCUGUUGGUGGCGGCCUCCUUGCAGGGUCCCGGCCAGGCUCCCCGGCCAAACUCCAACAUCCUCUCUCAAUACCUGACUGUCAUGGGCUAUCAGGUUGGAGGACCCCACGUCCUUCCACCCUCUCCCAGCCAGUCAAGCUCCCCUUUCCAAAGCGAGGAGGAAGAGGAAGAAGACGAGGAAAGACCUAAGACGCCAGAGCCUUGCAAGGUCCAGACAAGCCCAGGCAGGCCCAGAAGAGGGAGGAGCGGCUGCCUGGGUGCUCAGAGAGAAGAUCCUGACGGACAUCAUGCAGACAGGUCCGGAACAGAUGAAGAUCAGGACAUGGUGCUGGAUUCGAGCAGCGAAGGGAGUGGCUCUCCCUUCAGGAAGGAUGAUUACCAGUGUACCCAGCACAACACCCUGAUCCCCACCUUCCAGGAGCAUCUGAGGGACGUCGGGAAUCGGUGUUGUAUUUGUUUGGCCGUUGUAGCCUCUCCUGCAGUCUGACCGCCUCCUCCUCCACCCUGUUUCCUCCCCCCCCAAAAAAAAAUUAACACAGAGAGAAAUGCCACCCUGCGAGUCAUGUUUAUUCAGCUUUAUUCAGUAAACACUGUCAAAGCUUU